AUGUUGUUUCACCGAGCAUGGAAUUUGGACUAUUCCGAAGCACAACAUCGAGAUAUGAUGACCGGGAAGCAUAUUGUGCGAGAUGUUAUGUGCAGAGUUUGUCAUAAAAAAGUAGGAUGGAUGUAUGAAUUCGCUAUGGAGGAGUCGCAGCGUUAUAAAGAAGCUCGUGUUAUUCUUGAAAAGGCUCUUAUCGACGAAGAAGAUGGCUUCCCGGAUCCGGCAGGAGCACUCGAAACACAUGAACAACCUCCUUCAUAUUUGUGUGCUUUAAUAAAAAUUCUGCUAUAUGUUUCCUUUAAUGAUAUUGGCUUUUUACCAUGCUGUAUACGUAAUGGUUUGUGUAUUCGAAUGAUUUUACAAAUGGCUUUUACAUUAUAUGUGUUCUAUUAUAAUUGUCAGAUGCCACGAAUGUUCUUCGAGCAUUGGGGUGGACGAAGGACGUUCUCCUGUGAGAAGUGCGGAACUUAUCUCUCGAAUAGACAGGAAGUCGUAUCUACUCGAUUUAGUGGAAGUACUGGUAGAGCGUUUUUAUUCCGUCGAGUUGCCAAUACUCGGCAAGGAAAUCCGGUUGUACGCAAGCUGACCACCGGAAAUCAUUUGGUCCGUGAUGUGUUCUGUCUUUGCUGUGGUACUAAAUUGGGUUGGUUGUACGAAUUCACGUGCGAAGUUGCUGAGCGAUAUAAAGAAGUGGUGAAGGUGGCUCAUACACAAGAAGGCGAUGUGGAAACAGGAGAAGAGAUGCGCGCAAUGAGGUUUUGUUUAGAAUUUUCUCGGAGAGGAUCUGUCUCGCCUGGAGCCAAUUCUGGUGAUGAAUAUGAUGUUGGGUUCAGGGACGAUGCGUUGGAGGCGGAUUUCGCUCGUUUAUUGAAAAGAACUCGAGGUUUCGAUAUAAAAGUUGUCCGAGGCGAUGGGUCAUGUAUGUUCAGAGCUGUGGCGGACCAGCUGUACGCAGACCAGGAUAUGCAUGGUGAAGUGAGGCGGCUCUGCAUGGACUACAUGGCACGUUUCUCUGAGAGGAAUCGAGAUCACUUUGCUCCCUUUGUUGCCGAAAACUUCUCGUCUUACGUUGCGCGAAAGCGGCAGCCUGGUCAGCAUGGGAAUCACGUGGAGCUUCAGGCAAUCUCUGAAAUGUUUGCGCGUCCUAUUGAAAUCUACGAGUACAGUGAGAAUCCAAGGAAUGUAUUCUACCCGACAAUAAGGUCGCUUGAUGUCAACGUACCCAUUCGUCUCAGCUAUCACGGUUCGUCGCACUACAACUCAGUGGUUGAUCCAUUCGCUCCCACUGCCGGAAUUGGGUUGGGUCUUCCAGACCUUUACCCACGUGGCGCUAACAAUCUCAGAGAAGCAGUGAAGGAGAGCGAAGACAGAAGUGUAGAGCAAGCCAUACUCGAAAGUCAACUUGCUUUGACGGACAUUGAACGGACUGAAAGAGAAAUAAACGAACAGAUCGCACGCGACUCAUACAUGGAAUACUUACGAAUGCUGAUGGAUUCUGGUAAUCCUGCUCCUGGACCCAAUACUAGUAAGAGAGAACAUUUGCGACAUACCAAGGGAAGCUCAGAAGUGCAAGGAGGCACGGAACGACGUCAGCCAAAAUCUACCCUUUAUGAGGAACUGCUGGCAUUGGAUAGAUAUUGUCCUCUCUGA